CCCCAUGGUUUCUCCUCUUCUUCUCGAGCUUUGAAAUUCCCCGCCAGGGAAACACCCAUUGACGUCUCUCUCCAAUUCACUCUCACUUCCUCUCGCGUGGAUCCGUGUCGCCGGAAAGUUGCCGUUUGGCUUUCAUCCUUCUAAGACGAGGGUAUUUUUUGGGGGGUUAGUGAGCUGCAGGUUCUGCCAUAACUGGAGAUAUGUCCAGGGAGGAUUUUACUAAUACGCUUCGGAUACUUGUUGCUACUGAUUGCCACUUGGGCUACAUGGAGAAAGAUGAAAUAAGACGACAUGAUUCCUUUCAGGCUUUUGAAGAGAUAUGUGCAAUAGCAGAGGAAAAGCAGGUGGAUUUCUUACUUAUAGGCGGUGAUCUUUUUCAUGAGAAUAAACCCUCGAGGACAACACUGGUCAAAGCAAUUGAGAUUCUCCGUCGCCACUGCCUUAAUGAUAGGCCGGUCCAGUUUCAAGUUGUCAGUGACCAGACCGUAAAUUUUCAGAAUGCUUUUGGCCAUGUAAAUUAUGAGGACCCACACUUCAACGUUGGCUUGCCUGUGUUCAGUAUUCAUGGAAACCAUGACGAUCCUGCUGGAGUGGACAACCUAUCUGCAAUUGAUAUUCUUUCAGCGUGCAACCUUGUGAAUUAUUUUGGAAAGAUGAACCUCGGUGGUUCUGGUGUUGGCCAGAUUACCCUUUGUCCUAUACUUAUCAGGAAGGGUUCAACGACCGUGGCACUCUAUGGUCUGGGAAACAUAAGGGACGAGCGUCUCAAUAGAAUGUUUCAGACCCCACAUGCUGUCCAAUGGAUGAGGCCUGAAGCUCAAGAAGCGUGUGAUGUCUCUGACUGGUUCAACAUUCUAGUGCUUCAUCAGAACAGGGUGAAAUCAAACCCUAAAAAUGCUAUAAAUGAACAUUUUCUUCCACGAUUCCUUGACUUCAUAGUGUGGGGGCAUGAACAUGAAUGCCUUAUUGAUCCCCAGGAGGUAUCUGGGAUGGGCUUCCACGUUACACAACCAGGCUCUUCCAUAGCAACAUCACUGAUCGAUGGAGAGUCGAAGCCAAAGCAUGUUCUUCUUUUGGAAAUCAAGGGAAAUCAAUAUCGUCCAACAAAGAUACCUUUGACAUCUGUGAGGCCUUUUGAGUAUACCGAGAUUGUUUUAAAGGAUGAAGGUGAUAUAGAUCCCAAUGAUCAAAACUCAAUUCUUGAACACUUGGAUAAAGUGGUCAGUAACCUAAUAGAGAGAUCCAGGAAAAAUGCUGUCAAGAGAUCAGAGCUUAAGCUCCCGUUAGUUCGAAUCAAGGUGGACUACUCUGGAUUUAUGACCAUAAAUCCUCAAAGGUUUGGGCAAAAAUACGUGGGAAAGGUUGCAAAUCCCCAAGACAUUCUCAUAUUUUCAAAGGCUUCUAGAAAGGGUCGUACUGAAGCCAAAGUCGAUGAUUCUGAACGGCUUCGUCCAGAAGAACUGAAUCAACAAAAUAUAGAAGCUUUAGUGGCUGAGAGUAAUCUGAAAAUGGAGAUCCUUCCAGUUAACGAUUUGGAUGUUGCUCUACACAAUUUUGUGAACAAGGAUGACAAACUAGCUUUCUACUCAUGUUUGCAGUACAAUCUUCAAGAAACUCGUAGUAAACUGGCCAAGGAUUCUGAUGUCCUGAAAUUUGAAGAGGAUGACUUGAUUCUUAAAGUUGGAGAGUGCUUAGAGGAACGCUUGAAGGAAAGGCCCAGUCGACCUGAUGGUUCUGUUAUGGUCCAGACCUCGGAUUCCUCAGCUGGAGAAGAACUGCCCAGCUUUAUUGAUCCAUUUUAA